CGUAGCCAUGGCCGGUACACAUUUCAAGCAGCUCCAUGCACUCCCUAUCCUUCUUCUCGGUCUCCUCCUCCAGCCAUGCUUUAUCGUGCAAGCUUCAGCCGAAUGUGGAUCAAAAUCAAAAUCAUUUCGGGGAUGCCACGACGAGGCCGAGACGUUAAAGUUGAAACUCAUCGCCAUUUUUUCCAUAUUGGUGACUAGCAUGAUCGGGGUGUGUUUGCCGUUGUUUUCGCGUGCGGUUCCGGCCCUUAGACCCGACGGGGAUCUGUUCGCGUUGGUUAAAGCCUUUGCUUCCGGUGUCAUACUUGCAACCGGUUACAUGCAUGUCCUGCCGGACUCUUUUAAUGAUUUGACAUCGGAUUGUUUGCCUGAAACGCCUUGGAGGAAAUUCCCCUUCACGACCUUCGUGGCAAUGCUAUCGGCGUUGCUGACUCUUAUGGUGGAUUCAGUUGCGUUGAGCCAUUAUAAGAAACGUUUUGCUGAACUUGCUACUGGUAAUGGAGAGCAAGCGAAUCAAGAGACUGUAGAGAUGGAGAUUGUUGGACAUGGUCACGAUAAGAGUGGCAAGGAGCACCCAGAAGACGGGACACAUUUGUUGCGCCAUCGCGUUGUAGCUCAGGUACUAGAAAUGGGGAUUGUUGUGCACUCAGUAGUAAUUGGUUUGUCAAUGGGGGCCUCUGACAAUCCAUGCACAAUCAGACCUCUCAUUGCUGCUCUCUGCUUCCAUCAACUCUUUGAAGGAAUGGGACUAGGCGGAUGUAUACUACAGGCUGAAUAUGGAAUCAAGAUGAAAGAAGUCAUGGUGUUUUUCUUUUCGAUCACAACUCCGUUUGGGAUCUCGCUUGGAAUUGGUUUAUCAAAUAUAUACAGCGCCAAAAGUCGAACUGCUCUAAUCGUGGAGGGAGUGCUAAAUGCAGCGUCGGCUGGACUCCUAAAUUAUAUGGCAUUGGUGGAUCUCUUAGCAUCUGAUUUUAUGGGAUCUAGACUCCAAAAUAGUUUAAAGCUCCAAAUAUGGUCAUUUAUUGCAGUUUUACUAGGCGCGGGAGGCAUGUCAUUGAUGGCAAAAUGGGCUUAA